AUGGCGAAAGGAUAUGGAACUUCCAUGGACUCUCCAGCUUUUAAGAUUCUUUCCUUGUCUUUAACUUUGACAAAUAAUUAUGAUGUGUCUUGGUGUUUGUAUCCUCUUAUCUGGUCCUUUAUGGGCUUCUUGGAUCUGGAUUCUGGCAUCGCCCAGACUCUCCCUGAGCUGGAGGUGAACUUGGACCAUGGCCAGCUUCGGGAACUGAAUAUGACAGCUGCCAAGGAAAUAGAAGUUGAUGGCAGUUGGAAAGCUAUUAAUUUUGUUCCUGUUCCAAACUGAAAUAUUUCCAGAAAAAUCCAAGUCUGGCUACUACGCGAAUUGGAGAAAAAGUUCAGUGGGAAGCAGGUCUUUAUUGCACAGAGGAGAAUUCUGUCUAAGCCAACUCCAAAAAGCCUUACAAAAUAUAAGAUAAAAUGUCACAGGAGCUGCACUCUGAUAGCUGUGCGCAACACCAUCCUACAGGAGUUGGUUUUCCAAAAUGAAAUCGUGGGCAAGAGAAUCCGCAUGAAAUUGGAUGGCAGCUGUCUCAUAAAGGUUCAUAUAUAUAAAGCACAGGAGAACAACGUGGAACACAAAGUUAAAACUUUUUCUGGUGUGUAUAAGAAGCUCACGGGCAAGGACCAGGGUUCUGCUCAAGCAGGAAAAGAGAAAGCAAAAGAAACUAUGAGAAAACCAAUCCAUGUGAAUAUGAAUAGAGACAUAAAAAUGCCCCUAAAAAAGCAUGAUUUAGAACUUCCAAUGUCGCCUCCCUGUGUACCAUCUAAACUCUGCAUUGAUGAUCUAGAAAGCAGUAUGCAUCAUCAAAGACUGGGAAGCAAGGAAGAACUGGGCCCGGUUCAGUUGUCACAAGUCAUGGACUCAUAUAGAAUUUUUGAACCUCAGUUCAACAGAGUAGAAAACUGCAGUUUCACACCAUCAUCUUUUUCUGCAGAAUUAUCUUCUAACAGAAAUGUUACAAAACAAAAUUUCGUCCCCAGAAUAGCACCUAGUCCUCAGAAAGUUGCAUAUGAAAAAAAACAGAAUGAGCAGCUCAGUAAUGUCAAUUAUUCUAAUUACUUGUUUUCCAAAUUAAAUGAAAGUCAAGAUGCUCUUAGUCCAUCAUAUAAAACAGCACAAAUUGGAACAUUAUUUGAAAGAUUAAGCAGGUGA